CCCGGAAUGCCCUGUCGCCCUGCCCCGCGGCAGGAGGGGAGAAUUACAUGAUCCAUUGACACAGUUGAACCUGAGCUUGAUCAACAAGUCAUUGUGUACACCAUAACCGCCCUUGACUUUGUAUAUUGCAAGGAAAGCAAAUAGCGGUCUGGAGGUGAUGAUAUCCUGAAAAAAACAAACUAAUUGCGCCGGUUCCAGCAAAAGGGACGACCGAACCAUGGAUUGCUCGUUCCUUAUCUUUUUUUUUUCUCCUUUUGGAAAAAGAUAACAAUCGCGGGGUGCCGAGAAUCAAAGUACACUAGCCACAAAGCACUAGCCACGGAUGCCUCCGCUGUGGAGUGGCUCGGGUGGGUAUGCACGUGAUGCUGACGUCGGUGGGAAGCUGCUGCCCCAACCGGGUUCAUCAAAGCUGUGGCCAGAUGCCCUUCAUUCUUCACGAUCUACUACACAAUGAGUUGAACCAUGCCCACCGCGGAGAAAGCAGUGCUACAGGACCACUAUGACCCGGUCGGUCUGCCAGACUACGACCGAGAAUUCAUCAAACCGGACGAGCUCGAACGAUUCGCGCAAGCAUUGAAUGCUCCGCAGGCGUCUCCAUUGGUAGCUCUUAACGACUGGCGCCCGAUCAACCAACGAGUGCGCAAGGCCCGCGGCCGUCGCAAAGCCCCGAAGCGAAGCAAGGACGAAACAAGGGAAGGCAUCUUGUACACUGUACUGAAAUGGCCGUUUUUGGGGACCGUUUUCGCGUGGAUUGCCCUCCUGGGCUGUGGCUACGUCCUUGUUAGGCUUUACAUCGUCGCAUAUGAGCAAAUAGUGACCUGGAGAGGUAAAAGGCAGCGGCUCAGGCGAGAACUCUGGGCCCAGAGAGAUUACCCGAGCUGGCUGCGUGCUGCUCAGGUGCUGGACGCCUAUUUGGGGAAUGACAAAUGGAAGCAGACCGAUGAGUACGCUUACUAUGAUCACCUCACCAUCACCAAGGUGGUGGAUCAGCUGAAAAAUGCGAGAUAUCAGGCCGAGAGUGAAUUGAAUGAUGGCACCGGUGCUAAAGAGACGUCGGCGAUCGAGGAGUUGAGUGCUUUGUUAGAAGCCUGUGUCAAGAACAAUUUUGCCGGUGUGGAGAAUCCCCGGAUGUACAGCGAGGCAUACUCUGGGACGAAAGAUCUGGUACAAGAAUAUAUCGACGAGGUACAUACGUGCAUCGAACUGGUUCGUGACUGUCGGCAAAUCGACCGAGAGACCAAGUACCAGCACUUCAAACACCUGGACACCAACUUUGGACGCACGGCACUUUGUCUAUCGGGCGGAGCGACUUUUGCCUAUUACCAUUUUGGAGUGGUCAAGGCUCUGCUGGAUAACGAUGUGCUGCCGGAAAUAAUCACUGGAACGUCUGGCGGAGCGCUCGUCGCUGGUCUGGUAGCGACCAGAACCGAUGAAGAGCUGAAGCAGCUACUAGUGCCGGCUCUAGCCCACCGGAUUCGGGCAUGCCACGAAAACUUUUUCCAGUGGAGUAGUCGAUGGUGGAGGACGGGGGCUCGAUUUGACACGCUCGACUGGGCCCGGCAAUGUUCCUGGUUCUGCCGAGGAUCAAUGACUUUCAGAGAAGCCUAUGAACGCACUGGUCGUAUCUUGAAUGUGUCUUGCGUACCCUCGGACCCUCAUUCACCCACCAUUCUCGCAAACUACCUGACUGCCCCCGAUUGUGUUAUUUGGAGCGCAGUCCUAGCUUCGGCUGCAGUGCCCGGCAUACUGAAUCCGGUCGUCCUGAUGACCAAAAAGCGCGAUGGCACACUAGCGCCGUAUUCUUUCGGACACAAGUGGAAGGACGGCAGCUUGAGGACCGAUAUUCCCAUCAAGUCGCUCAAUCUCCAUUUCAACGUGAAUUUUACAAUCGUGUCGCAGGUCAACCCCCACGUCAAUCUGUUCUUCUUCAGCUCACGAGGAACUGUCGGGCGCCCCGUCACGCACCGCAAGGGCCGUGGCUGGCGCGGUGGAUUCCUCGGCACUGCGAUCGAACAAUACAUUAAACUCGACCUGAAUAAAUGGCUUCGGGUCUUACGGCAUCUUGAGCUCCUUCCACGGCCUCUGGGCCAAGACUGGAGUGAGAUCUGGCUACAGAAAUUUAGUGGCACGGUUACUCUCUGGCCUAAGAGCAUUCCCUCUGACUUUAUUCACAUCCUCUCGGACCCUACACCAGAGCGACUUGCGCGCAUGAUCCAUGUUGGUCAGCAAAGCGCUUUCCCCAAACUCCAGUUCAUUAUGAACCGUCUCAAGAUAGAAAAGAGUAUCAUGAGGGGCCUUCAACAAUGUUCUACUACGGGAGGCCGCUCUCUUUCCCCAAUCCUGUCUCGUCGGAUGCAAGCUCCGGAGCUUAAGCCAUCGGAUGCACUUUCUCAGAGGCUGGACGCAAGCUUUCCUGAACGUCACGACGAUGGGGACUCGCGCUAUGUGGAUGUCUCCGAUAGCAUGUCCCAGUCAACGGCAUCCUCCCGCCCUCAGACCCCGACCCGGCGGGGCAGCCUUAUGGAGGAGAUACGACGCCAGUCCGCGGUAUUUUUUGAUGACACAGAUAGCUACGGUGACGAAGAUGCCCUUGUCACCUGAGGUGAUCUUUCGGUAGAGGCGGCUUAAGCGCCCCCCGCGGGUGAUAGGAUGAUGCCAACCCAGCCCAUGACGGCGGGUGGGAUGUUUCUGCUUCCGAUACCUGCAGAUCGGCCUCCUACCUCCGUCAUGAUGCUUGCCGUCUCAGAGGUUUAUUCGAUAUGACAGGCGGCUCCUAGUCGUUUUACACAUUUUCAUAUGUGGAUACUUUCGGAUCAUCCGCGAGCUUGCCUGUUGUAUUAUUCGCCGCCGUGAAAGGUCCAAGUUAGUCAAUUUGUUUUCUCGCCCCCGCACUUGCGAAUUAUUACACUAGCAUGACAAGGAGUUUUCUUUCUUUGUUUUGCUGAUUAGCCUGCAUACACAAUACAGCCUUUGAAUUUUUGAUUUUGAGUUUUGCAUAUUGCUCCUUUGCUCACAUCUUGCUACUUUGUGAUUAGUCUGUUCGAGUACAGUGAAGUUCCAUAAGUUUUAUAACCUAUCCACCUUGUCCUUCAUUAGUUAGCCAUGCUUUGAUUGAUAAAUUGAGUGAUGUUGCCUGAAGUUUCAGAAAGACAAAUUCAAAAAGCGCAUCGAGAGACUUUGAGAAACAGAAGAAGCCGAAGCGUGUCCGGCUAUGCCUUUGUUCCCAUAGUUUUGUUUCAGAUUUUGGACUCCAACGUCUAUAUAUUGAGACAGGUUACAUACAAAU